AUGUCAGCCACCAUGAAAUUGAAACAGUACAGCGUCGACACUCCUCGCGAGACCAUUUUCCAAGACGCAACAGCUUUGCUCGAAACGAUUCCCAAAUGGAAAGAGGGAAAGACAUUUUUUGAAGGCACCACCCACGAGACGGAAACAAAAGGCGAGGUCAUCGAUGACGAUUUCUGGGUUGCAGCCAAGGCCCACUUUCAGGAUGUAAACUUGGAAAGAUUACGCAAAGCCAUCAUUGGCACUGAAGAAGCGGGCUUUUCCCAUUCCGAUUACGAGCCACACUACAAGCAUGAGAUUUCGCAAGUGCAAGUCCAAGGUGAACAAUUCACCACUUUCGCUAAUGGCUGGAGCUACAAAGUUCGUACCGAGUACUCAUUCAGUUUCCCGUUUAGCAAGAGAACUUUUAAUCAAUUGGUCCACGUCUUUGUUGACCCCAUCAAAAGAUGGGCUUUGAUUGUCAGUUUGCCCAUCAAGGGACCGCUUUUUCCCGAUUCCGUGUUGGGCGAAGCUGUCACUGUUGAAGAGUUGAGCUGGAAAGCUGAAAGAGAUGGUCCUGCUGAAUGGUUGAUUGCUUCUACUUCCGGCGCCGGUGGCAAUAUUCCUCAUUGGGCUUCAAACUAUGCCUUGGCCGGUAUCCUCGUUAAAGAUGUUCCCAAUGUUGUUGAUUUGAUUUCUGGCAGUGACUAUUUCACUGAGCCAGACUCUAAACUUUUGUCUAAACAGGCUUGA